AUGUUCUCCAGUCGUCUUGUCCGCUUUUUGGACAAGUGCGCCAUUUUGGGUGUAUUUAUUUGUGGUAACUAUUCUGAAAAUUAUAUAUUUAUUAAUAUAGGUUUCAACUCACAGACAUCUAAAAUAAAAGCUUUAAAGAAGCACGCAUCAAGUGAGAAUCUUAUAGCUAGUGUUGAAAAGUGGAUUCUAUAUUGGAUAAAAAAUAAAAUGAUGACUUUUCAAAGUCGUUGGAAAUCCUUUGAUGAAAAGUGGGUUUUAAGUUAUUUAACGCCUUUUGAAUUAGCCCAAGCUGGUUUGUUUUACUCAGGUGAUGGUGAUAAUGUUAUAUGUUUUGACUGCAGAGUGAAUAUGUUUAGUUGGAAACCGGGUGAUGAUCCAUUAUGUGAACAUAUUCGUUUUUCUCCAGAUUGCGGAUUUAUUAAUUAUAUUUUAUCAACGGUUAAAGGUCGUAUGAAAACAUUUUACAACUGGCCUGUUGACUUUUUAAAACCUCGUGAAAUGGCUGAAGCUGGGUUUCAUUACACAGGCUUUCGAGAUUGUGUAAAAUGUUCUUCAUGCAAGAAAGAUUUUGAUAACUGGGAACGAAAUGAUAUUCCCUUUACUGAACAUAUGUUUCACAGUCCAAGAUGUCCAUUUGUUAUUGAAUACAAAGACAUUUAUCACAAUUCUUCUACUGCUGUUUACCGAUCAAGAAUUGAGGUAAAAAAUAUUGAAGAUAGGUUAGAUUCUGAGGGCAAUGGUCAUACUGAUUUGUUGACUUGUUUCUACUGUGGUAAUACACUGAGUCACUGGAAUGAAACCCAUGAACCGUGGAGAGUACACGUAAAAUGGUCAAAAACUUGUAGAUAUUUGUUAUUAAAGAAAGGCAAAAGCUUUGGUGAUAUGGUAGAUGCUGUGGAUAGUGAUAUCAUAAACUCCAAGCAACUGGAAUUAUUCAAGUUGAUUGAUGCACAGAAAAAUACACUCGCUCUCGAUUAUAAAAUGAGAAUACAGUCAACAAAAAAGCAUUUUGGUAAAAUAACAAUUACCAAUACAUCUAAUAAAAUCCAGGAAAAUCUUUUUCAAAAGCUAAAUCAUAAUUCAGUGCCAGAUUGUAUGAUGUGCAAAAUUUGUUGUAAGGAAGAAAUUGAAGUUGCUAUUGUUCCUUGCGGUCAUGCUAUUGCCUGCAUUGAAUGUACUUUAGCAUUAGAACAGUGCGCUAUAUGUAGAAUUUCAUUCACAAAAUUGAUGAGAAUAUAUUUAUGGAAGGAUAAAAAACAAAAACUAAACAAAUUUCUCCAACUAAUACCGUUCAGUUUUAAAAUAUUUUCCAACACAUUGAACUCAAUGCUUUGUAAAGUUUGUAACAAAGAAGAAAUAGCAACAGUAUUUUUACCCUGUAGGCAUGUCUAUACCUGUGUCAAAUGUGCAGAAGAAGCGGACACGUGUCUUGUAUGUGGAGAAAAUGUCUUUUCUUUUAUUCAAUUAUACUUUUAA